AUGGAUCACUUGUUCUGGCGGGUUACACCGACUAUGGAUGAUCACCAGUUUGCAUGGAUAUUAUGGUACAUUUGGAAAGCUAGGAAUAGUAAGGUAUUUAGUAAUUUAGAUGUGGAACCAAUGGACACACUUAAAAAGGCAGAAGUUGAAUCGAGAUUAUGGGCUGAGGCGCAAGAGAUAAGCACCCAAAGAAUAUCACAGCAGGUGGAAGGCAGAAGGUUACCAACAAUCCCAGGACGAUGGUGUUUCACGGAUGGUUCUUGGAAAGACAAGGAAAACUUUUCAGGACAGGGUUGGUUCAGUACACUACAAGGAUUUCAAGGAUUAAUGGGAGCAAGGAAUAUAUGGGCAAGUUUAUCACCUUUACACUCAGAGGUAGAGGCUUUAAUUUGGGCAAUGGAGUGUAUGAGGAAUCUACGUCAAUAUCAAGUUACUUUUGCUACGGAUUGUUCUCAGUUGGUGAAGAUGGUUUCAGAACCAAGGGAAUAG